AUGAAGUGUGGGAGGUUGGGACACAGCAGAGGCUGCCAAUGGCCUGUGAAUACAAAAAUGCUCUCUGACAAAUGGCAAUUCGAUGAUGAUCUACGAGCCCCUGUGGUAACAAAGCAAUCGAGUCUUCUCUUCCCUGAAAAGAAAGCCACAGCUAAGCCCAUUGUCAGGCCAAUCGACAUCUUCGACCAGAACCAUUGGCGCCACCAUUGGGAGAAGGAUGGUGAGGGCUUAUACGACAGUCCCAUUGGGGGACAACACGUGAAAGCCAGCAAUGAUUCUUUGGUCAACGCAACAGUGAAGGGGACAUCUGCUACAAACAGGUCACAGCAGAUGACUCAGUCGGUUAUGCAAAAUCAGACUGAAGGCCUGCAAUCUGGGACAUCGCAGACUGGUUUCGCAGAGGGGGGUGUUGAGCAGCAUAUCUAA